AUGGGCACGGUGCAUGCAAGCUCGGACUAUGACAUCAAGUGCAUCUUUGUGCAACCAAGAAGCAGCUACUUCGGGCUGAAGUCCUCUGCCACGACCUUCAAGCACAACUUCGCGGGCGCGGCUGGCGGAUCGGAUGUGGAAAUAUCCGGCUGGGAGGCACGGCAUGCGCUGCAGCUACUGUCUGAAGAUAACCCGACUGUGCUGGGUCUGUUGCUAUCGCCCGUCGUCUUUGUUGGGGAGGAGUGGCGAGUGCGUCUACAGGACGCUGUCCAGAAGCACAGCAACAGGCAGCGGCUUAUGUAUCACUGGUACAGCCACGCACGGCGAAACUACCAGAGCUACAUCCUCAACAGUGAGUCGCCGCAGCGGAAAAGCACCUUGGCUCCAGAGCAGCCCUGA